AGUGUAGUAGUAUGAUGGGAGGCAUGCGCCACUUCUCAGUCCACCUGGGUGCAGGGCCGCGGUGGUGGGUUUGAUGCCCCCAUGCCGCCUACAUGUCUACUAGUGCAGAGGGCAGCGGCGUGGGGAAACCAUCAGAGCCCCCUGUGGCCGGCACGCGGUCCAAACCUGUGUCGGGUACUGAAGUAGUGUCUGCGGCUCAGAGUGGGUGUGCCCAUCUGAGCUUUGAAUUCCAACUGGCGGAGCAGACAACGGUUGUGUGGGAAACUGUUGUAGUUGGCCGUCGCCUCUACUUGUCAAUUGUGCACUUACCAGAGGGCAGCAAGGAGGCGUUUGUGUCACUGCUGGAGUAUGCUGAGGAAGUCCUUGGCUGCUCUCAUGUGCUAAUCUGCUUCAAGAAGGAUCGCAGUGAUCGAGCUAUGCUCAUCCGCACCUUCAUGUUCCUCGGGUUUGAGGCCAUUCCACCUGGCCAUCCGAUGGCACCCGCCAACAGUGAUCACUUCUACAUGCUCUAUGAGAUCGAGUAGUAUUGUCACAGGUCAAUGUUUCUGUAUUGUGGUUGGGUUUUGAUAGAUUGCAGAUUGUUCUUUCCCCUAUUUAUGAAUGAAUAAUAUCUGCAAGUUUUGUAUUUCACAGGUUUUGAUUUUCAGAAAUGUCAGAAGUGAUGAUUGAAUUAGAGGGAAGAACAAUGUACAGUCUUUUUAACCCAAGAAUUGUCUGGUUUCCCCAAGCUGAGUCUUGUUGUUGUGGAGUGGGUUGGAAAUUGCUUCGUGGCAGGUAGAGGGCAGAGAGUAAGUGCCUUACUGCUGCACCACUUACGAGUAACUCACCGAAUUGCUGUAUUGACGUACGGCUUCCUGUUACUUCACCAUAAAGACUGGAGCAACAUGUAACUUGUAUUGGGCAGAUAUUCUAUAGUUUGAACAUAUAUAUAUUUUCUUUCUUUGAGUGAUUUUAUAUAAUAAGGAAACUGUGGACCAAAGAUGUUCUCUCCUGUGCUUGUGUUUGAGGUUUCAUUUGUAAUUUCAUUCGGCAUAUUCUUAUGAUGUGCAAAAAGUAUGCCCUAAAUAGUAGUUCAAUAAGGCUUAUUUUAGCAUUCCUAAAUUUGAUAAAGAAAAUGAGCAUUAUUGAUCCACGGCUUGACUUUGCUGAUGGCAUCAGUGAUCAAAAUGGCAUCCUACGAUCUGAUCCUAUAUCAAGCUCUUUCCAACAAACUCCACCAUAACCUCUGCUGUUUGCUACUAGUAGGACAUGUAUAAAUAUAAAUCUCCAAAAAAAAAAGUAUUAAAAAAAAAAGUGGAAAACAAUAAAAUGUAAAAAAAAAAGAUGACAAAAAAGAAAAAAAACAAAGUUGAUCUUCAUUCCAUGUAUGUUUUUUGAAUCUUUGUAGAUUCCCAGUAUGUUAUUCUUUCAUUUUAUCACAUGUGAUUCUACCAUUUUAUUCAGAUAUGUAGAUGUGCAGUUUACAGUGGCACUUGUAGUUCUUCACGAGUCACCAUUAUGAUUUUGUAUUAUAAGAUAUUUCCUUUCAUUGUACUGGGAGAAACAAUCAGUGAUUUCUUUUGUUCAUAUAUUCAAUAAAUCACACAAUAAA